GUCCAAAGCGUGUCUCAACCAAACUUCCCAUGGAGUGGAAUCAGCGCGUGAGCAUCUCAUUUCUUACAUCAUUUGACUAUCAUCAACUCCUUCUCUCCUCUGACUUUGUCAGCUUUAACUAAACGCUCUAUGUUCUUCCUGCCAUAUAAAAACCCUCAACCCUAACCUAACCCUUCCCAUCAACUCUCUGAAACCUCUCCAAAUCUUGUUCUCUCAUCUCCAAUGGCGAAAUCCUACAAAGCCCAUAGUCUAAUACCGUUUUUCCUUCUCAUUUCUCUCUCCAUUCUUUCAUCUUCUUCAGCUAGGUUAUUGCACGACUCUUUCCCACAGAACCUAGCAGCAUCCGAACCAGCCUUCAAUCUUGCACUUCCUAGUGAUAAUGUUAUUGAUGCAUCGCCGGAGAACCCAUCGGAGAAAGAUGAAUCGAAGCAUGUUAAUGUACCAUGUGAACUGGAAUCCGACGAGAACAAGGACAAGAACUCUGAUGUGAAAGUGGGGGCAAGACUGGCCGGAAAGUAUGGACCAACGCUUCUGAAUAUGCUUCCAAAGGGAUCAGUUCCAAACUCUGGACCAAGCAAAGGAAGCAACGACAUAAACAACUAGAAACUGAAGCUCAAGUCGGUGGUGUUUAAUGUUGUCUGUAUCUAUUAAUUAUUCUUUCUUUUUUAUAGUUUACAAGAGUUGAUAAAUUAGCUCUUAAUUAUGUAUAUAAUCAUUGCAAAACUAUAGGUUAUAUGAUAGAGAGUUUUGAGUUUUUUUUUCCUUUUCUAUCAAUAUAAUGGAAUUGAUGGAAAAAUUAGAUCUAUUGAGAGUUCUUUUUGCUUCAUUAAUUUCCAUGGAAAUUUACCUCUCAAUUGCAAUUCA